AAUUUCUAUUUUGAACUUGGUUUGUUAUUGAGAGAAGGGCUUCGUUGUACACGGCAGUGCAGCAGUUGAGCUCUCGGCUUGCAGAGCUGUCAACUGUGUGUGAAGGAUGGCAGACGAGGAAAACGUUCAAGAUGAUGCCCCCGGCGCGGGGGACAUGACCACAAAAUUUGCCCUGCGACUUCGCGGACGCAAAGGUGCUCUCAAGAAGAAAAAUGUGUACAACGUGAAAGAUCACAAGUUUAUUCCACGGUUCUUCAAACAACCCACCUUCUGCAGCCACUGCAAAGAUUUCAUUUGGGGCUUCGGGAAGCAGGGCUUUCAGUGCCAAGUGUGCAGCUUCGUCGUCCACAAGCGCUGCCAUGAGUACGUGUCGUUCACCUGCCCCGGCGCGGACAAGGGCCCGGACUCGGACGCGACGCGGACCAAGCAUCGCUUCAAGGUGCACACGUACUCCAGCCCGGCGUUCUGCGACCAUUGCGGCUCUCUGCUGUACGGAGUCCUCCAUCAGGGCAUGAAGUGCGAAGUCUGUGACAUGAACGUUCACAAGCGUUGCGAGGAGAGCGUGCCAAACCUGUGCGGAUGCGACCACACAGAACGAAGAGGGCGCAUGGAGCUGAAGAUCCAUACUCAUGGCAGCAAGCUCACCAUUGAAGUGCGUCAGGGAAAGAAUUUAAUUCCUAUGGAUCCUAAUGGUCUGUCAGAUCCGUAUGUGAAGCUCAAACUGAUCCCAGACACAGACAAUGUUAAGAAGAAAACGAAAACAAUUCGAUCAUCUCUGAAUCCUGUGUGGAAUGAAACAAUCACCUUUGAUCUGAAGCAGGAAGAUAAGGACAGAAGGCUGCUUAUUGAGGUGUGGGAUUGGGACAGAACAUCUCGCAACGACUUUAUGGGUUCCCUCUCGUUUGGUAUAUCUGAGCUGCUCAAAGCACCUGUGGAGGGCUGGUUCAAGCUUCUAACAGAAGAAGAAGGAGAAUUUUACAACGUACCGGUGCCUGAGGAAGGAGCCGACUUAGCGCAGCUCAAGUCGCAAAUGCGGGGAGCCACCAUAAUUAGCAAGAGCAGCCAACUUCGACAGUCAUCGAAAACAUCUCUAAGUAAAAAGCCACCCGUAACAUCAGAUAAAGAAGUGCCGCACAAUAUGGGGAAAAAGGAUGUCAUCAGAGCUACGGAUUUCAAUUUCCUUAUGGUCCUUGGGAAAGGCAGUUUUGGGAAGGUAAUGCUUGCUGAAAGGAAAGGUACAGAUGAGCUCUAUGCCAUCAAAAUUUUGAAAAAAGAUAUAAUUAUUCAAGAUGAUGAUGUAGAGUGCACAAUGGUAGAAAAAAGAGUUCUUGCACUAAGUAGCAAGCCACCAUUUUUAGUUCAACUCCAUUCUUGUUUCCAAACUAUGGAUCGUCUUUAUUUUGUAAUGGAGUAUGUCAAUGGUGGUGACCUCAUGUUCCAAAUUCAGCAAUGUGGCAAGUUUAAGGAACCAGUUGCAGUAUUUUAUGCAGCUGAAAUUGCAAUUGGUCUAUUUUACUUACAUUGUCGAGGAAUUGUGUACAGAGAUCUUAAGUUGGAUAAUGUUCUGUUAGAUCAGGAUGGACAUAUUAAAAUUGCAGAUUUUGGCAUGUGUAAAGAAGGUAUUAGUGGGGACAAGACUACCAAGACUUUUUGUGGUACUCCUGAUUACAUUGCUCCUGAGAUUAUUCUUUACCAACCCUAUGGAAAGUCUGUGGAUUGGUGGGCUUAUGGUGUUUUACUGUAUGAAAUGUUGGUUGGCCAGCCACCAUUUGAUGGGGAAGAUGAAGAAGAAUUGUUUGCUUCCAUUACGGACCAUAAUGUUAACUACCCAAAGGGCUUGUCAAAAGAGGCAAAGGAUGUGUGCAAAGGGUUUUUGACUAAAAAUCCAACCAAAAGGCUGGGAUGUGGACCUCGAGGGGAAGAAGAUGUACGUGGCCACACCUUCUUCAGGCGUAUAGAUUGGGAAAAGAUUGAAAAUAGAGAAGUUCAACCUCCUUUCAAACCCAAAAUUAAACAUCGCAAAGAUGUGAGUAAUUUUGACAAGCAGUUCACAUCUGAAAAGACGGAUUUGACACCAACAGACAAACUCUUCAUGAUGAAUUUGGAUCAGACAGAGUUCAUGGGCUUCUCAUUCCUCAAUCCUGAAUUUGUACAGCAUGUAUGAAGUGAACCUUUCCUUACACCCUAAGGAAUGUGAAGAAUUUUUUCCUGCUUCCAUAAUCAUAAGAGAGGUGUAAAUGAAGCUUUGAAGUUUGUCUGGCGUCCCAUCACUACAUCAGAUUGCAGAAUGUUCUAUUCAUAACAGAGGGUAUAAUGUACUUUCAAACAUGCAAACUUUAUGUGUUUUUGAUGGAAGAAGGGUAUGAAGAAGAGGACUUGCCAUGACUGAUGUAGAGCAUAGUCCUAUUUCUUGGAUAAAUGGCCUCUGUAGUUUGUACCUGUUUAAAAUAUUAUCUAAAGACCUGUUAUAAUCCUCUGAAUUCCCUUACUCUAUACAUUUCUUAAUUUUUCCAGGGUUUUUGUACUCAAAGAAAUUAAUCAUUCCUAUGGCUUUGAUUAGUGUAAUGCAUUUUAUUCCAAGUAUCAUGGUUUAAAAAAGAGGAAAGCAUAAUAAUGCAUUUGGAUUAUUUAGUUGUAUUGCUCGUAAUCUUUGUAUAAAUGUCUGAGGCCUGUAGAAGCAAAGCUGAGAAAGACAUUUAACUAAGAUGGCUCAUCAUUGAUAUAUUUAAGGGCUACUUCCUUGAAAGCUUAGAUUCUAACCUACUGUUAGGGUAGAAAUAGAAGGUGAUGUAAAAAUUGUUUCUGGAGUUUUUGCAUUCCCAAACAAAAUUUGUCAGUGCUGGUGUAUCUUUUAUCUAUACUUUAAUGUGUACUUUCAGCUUUGAAUCUCUCUCAGCCGUUUAUGAAUUAAUUAAUUGAACCAUUUAAUAGUUACACUAAUAUGAGCUAUUUGAAGAAAAAAUGUCUGUAAUUGGUUGAAUCAAAACAUUCACCAAUCUUUCCUUAUCUGUCAUUUUUCCCAUUGCUUAGUUUUAAUUGGUAAACGCAAUGAAUAUUUUUUCAGGAAGUUCAGUAGAUGCCAAAGCUCACUAGAAGCAGGAGCAUUAUGAUCUCAAAUAGUUUUGCAUGGUUAUUGUAUAUGUGAGUGCGCAGCAAUCUAGAAGGUACAUAUGAUUAAAUUUUGAAAGGUUUUAUCAGCUGCCUACAAGCCACUGUUUUGAACACAACAAUAUUGUGUGAUGUACAUCAUCAUUUGCUCCAAUACUCAAUACAAUUACAAAAGUGUCUGAUAACUUUUUUCUGUUUUCAUUUUUUAAGUGCCAGUAAUGAUUGCUUUGAUUUUGUCCUUCAAAUGUUUAAGGAAACUGGGACCUUUUUCUUGCACCCAAAUGUAAAAGCAUAGACAUCGUCCUGAAUAUCUUUACUAGAAAUUUUUAGCCCAUUACUUAUCUGUGGAGACACUGUCAUAUUUGAGUCUUCUGAUCAAUUAUGUAGUACUCCUAUUUUUCGUUUUAAACUCUAGUUACAUGCAUGAGACAAAUCAUAAGGUGGAAUAGCUUUGUACUUCUUUCUUUACAAUUAUUUUCAUAGUUGUAGUCCAAUUUAUGAACAAUCUCUCUCAAAACUGGUCAUUCAAUAACAUUAGAAGUAAGUGAUGUAGAAAACUGAAAUGAAUCCUAUGGCAUUAUAUUUGGAAAGUGAAUCACUUAAAUGUCUGUUUCAUAAAACAUUAAUGUGUUCCGGGCCAGUAACCUGAGCUCAUCUUUUGCGCUGUGUUUUCUUAGCACUUGACAAAGAUGCACUUUGAGUGCACUUUCAGGUGACUUCAUGUUGAUGAUUGCACAUUGAUGCUGUAGUUGUGUAAUUUAUUCACUUCACGUCAGUGAUAAUGUUAGGAUUUUGACAAUGCUGGUUCUAACUUCCUCAGACCUUUAAAGUCGGGUUGCUAUCCAAAUUGUCACCAGUGGUAGGUAAAAAAUAAAACCACAAAAACAGUUCAGUUUACUUUGCAUUGUGGUUAACUUGAAAACAUUUGGAGGAGUGUAAAAUUCAUAGUGGGUAUGAAAACUGCUUGAACAGCAUUUUGUUGUUUAAAAAGAAACUGGCCAUCAUUCAAUUUAUUCUGGAUUCUUUCUUUAAGUACUGCUUUCACAAAUAGGGACAUGCCAUAAUCCCUCUUUACUAAAUAUGUAUGGUGCCUUUCUUCUUGAGCCAAAUGAGUUGAUGAGUGAAUGAAGAAGUAAUGAAGUGUGGAAGUAUGAUGUGAUGUAUGAAGAGUGGGUAAAAAAUGUAAAAAAUGUGAUUCUUCUAUCUCUCUUUUUUCUGUGUACUCUUAUUUUUUCUCAAUUAUAGACCAAACACAAUUGUGAUUUCCAUAUAACUUUCCCUCACAUUUGUAUGUUAAGCACUAUCUUCCCUGUAUGAGCUGCGAUAUUAAUGAACUUACUACUUUUAGAUGGAAAAAGAUUAUCUGUUUGCACUGGAAACUGCCAAUGUUCUUUCUUUACCUGUUCUUUACUUGAAUUGUUGUUUUCUAUCUUCCUUCUCUGCUACAAAUCAUUUUUAUCUAUCGUUCUUGAAAAGUUUCUUUUUAAUUUCAUCCCCCCUUUUUUUCUGACACUUUUUUAUGACAUAUCGCCAUGACAAUUGUUUCAGCCAAAUAUUGUCUUAUAAAGUGCGUUCUGCAAUGUUUGCCUAUGGUUUAUAGUUCUUAGUGAAAUUUGUUGUUGACUUUGUUUUUAGUUAAGAUUGAAACGUAUUGUUGUCAAUAACCAGAACCCUUGUUUUGGCUGCAGUUUCUUGUUUUGACUGCACCAUGUGUAUUAAGGAGAGCAUAUCCUCAAAAAUGUUUGUCAUGCUAGGUAUCUAGCUUUGUCUUCUCUAACAUUCUUUGAGAUUUGGUGAUAAAUUUGGCCUUCUAUAGCCCACUGCUGAUCAUCUAGAUACUCAUCUUAUUUUAAGUUUCAAUUGGGAAUGAACCAUUCCACUGGUUGAAGCUGCAUUCUUAUAUGUACUUACUUUUGCAGUGACUUCUAAACCAAAUCUCUUGUCAAGAGUUUUUUAAUGGAACAUUUUCAUUGAACACUAUAUGACUUUGAAACGAAAAGUUUUUGGGAUAUCCAAAGAAGAGGGAGGAUCAAAUCCCGAUGAAUGAACAUUCCUAUCUGUUAAGUGCCUUUGGUAUCCCAGGAAUUGAUUACAUUGAUGUUUGCUUCCUGUGUUUUGUUAUUUAUUUAUUAUUAUUAAUUUAUUGUUGUAAGAGGUCUUUGUCCUGUUUGUAAUUAUUGUUAUUACUGUUAGCUGUUUUACAAAUGUAUAUUCCUACAUGAACUUGGCAAUAUUGAUUUUAGAGUGGAAUGUUACGAUUGUAUUUUGCAAUGUUACCUUUAACACAAUUAGAAUGUGCUAUACAUACUUAUGUGAAUCUUGUACAUAUUUCUCUACCACUAUGAAACUGUACAUCUCAAAUAUUCAAAACGGCCUAUUAUCAAGUUGAUGUACAAAGUUAAGGAAAGCAAGAUAUUAAAAAAAAGCAAAGGCUAUUUUGGUUCUUAUUCUACGCACUACUUAUUAUGGUGUGGCCUUUCAUUCAGGCCUGACGGUUUGAAUACCUACUUCUUAUCUACCUUGUCCAUUUCUUUGUGCUAUGAUAGUGUUUUACAAUAAUUUCUGUAAUACUCAGCAGUAUUCAUGAAACAUGUAUUUUUACUGCAGUGUGCCAUGGCCAAAAUCAACAAAGUUAUAAUCACUAGCUAUAUGUAUUUGGUUUGAAUAUUGUCAUCAUCAUCAAUACUUUGCAGUGAACAUCUAACUGUCGUUGUUUGUUGAGACUGCUGUCCUUGUAGUUGAUUAUGAUUUCUGGAAGAUAAACACAAACGAAAACACAUGUCCUCCCUCACAUUAUCCUUGAAAUUGAACAGUCAGUUUUCUUGUAUAUGUUUAUCAACCAAAUGUAUUGAUAUUAUUUAUUUCUUCUGUUUCUUUCCCCCUUCUAAGACAAUGAAGUGCCAAGAGGCUAAGUUUGUUCUUCUUUCCUCCACUUAGUAAAUGUAACUAUUUUAAGUCAUUAAGCUUUUGCAGAAAUACACAGUUUUCUUUAACAUAAAUUGUUAAAAAUUUGUGAUCUUACUCUUUCACAUCUCAUGAAAUUUUAACUGUUUCAAUUUGAGACUUCAAAAUUUAAACAAUAACUUCAAUACAUAUUAUGGCUCUUUUGGCUUUGAGUAGUUUUAAGUUCUGUUGACUGGCAGGCAUUAGGAUCAUAGGUUCCACUUAACUGCAUGCUGUCUGAGCAGUGCCAGUAUUCUGUAUGUUGCACCUAUAUUUUCUGAAACAACAUUUAUCCUUAAAUUUUUAGCUUUAUUGAACUCAAUUGCAGUCUAACAAAUAUUUUAAAAAUAUGUGUAAUAUUGUUAUUGAACUUAAUGAAACACAAAUCAGUCAAGCCCUAACUGUAUUGUAAUAAUCAGUUGUAAGCUUUCUAGCUUUUUCUUUGCAUCUCAUUUGGCAAAAUUUUGCAUACCUAUUGUUAAAGAUCUGUCGACUAUUACAAUUCUUACAAAUAUCAUCAGUUCUGUUAGUCAGUUGCAAGUAGACUGACCAAGAAUGUUCACUUUAAGUUAAGCUGAAGGGGCAUAUCAAAAUGUAUUCCAUAAUUGCAUGAAAAGACUUAAUUUGGUUUGUUUAUGCUUUUCUCAAAAGUACUGCUUUUCCAACCCCGCCAGAAAUUAACCUCCUUAUUAUACUUCCUUUAUUUCUUUGUUUUAUGUUUUAAAAAAAUAAUCCUUGUCUUGUCUAUAGGCCAAUUCUCUUUCACACUGCUUUUAUAAAGUAAUAAAAAGGAAUUAUGUGCCACUUAGAAA